AUGUCUUGGGUAAAUCAGUAUUUAAGCACGGGCAACCAUGGCUCUAUACAAUACGACGGAGGUGUUUUAUAUCCGGGACCUGAGGAAGACAUUGAAAUGGCGGAAAGAAUUCCAUUAACAAAUGUUAAUCGUUCACAUAGCAGUAAUGAUAUUCGAACAGUGCAAAGAGAGGAUGCUGCUACUCGUAUACGGUACGGAGAUAAUCCAAAUUUCGACGAUUUGGAUACGAGUGGCGAAACAGUUGAAUUUGAACGGGUGCCAGAAUCAAGGCCAGAAGAAAGUAAUAUCGGCGUGCGACGGCGCCGCCCAAAUAGACCACGAAAUCGUGGUCGAGGUCACCAGAGUUCAGAUAUAGAAACCGCUAGCGAAACAGUGCCCUUGUUAUCUGAAAGUGUCACGGACGGGGCCGCAAUUAGCACAGCUGGUGUUACAAGUUCAGGGCAGAUAGCGAUAGCGGCCGGUGCGACAACUGCUGCCGCCGCAGGUGUUGCUUACGGCAUUAAAAAAGUAGUUGAACGUGUACAGAACAAAGGAUAUACUUUACCUGGUAGUGAUUACGUAGGACCGGGAAAUCCUAUAAAUAUAGACGCACCGCGCAGUGGAGCAGAUGCCAUUGCUAAAGAGCACGACGUAGGAUACGAUAAUCUGCUAAAGGAAGCAAGAGAACGACCAUUUACAGAAGAAGAGUUUAGACAACGAGUUCAACAGUUGGAUGCAAAAGCUAUACUUGAUUUCGCAAUUGACUGGAGUCAUACACGAAACUGGCAUUCAUUUGUGGGAAAAUACGGCCUGAAAUUGAAGACAGCUGUUGAACAACGUAUUGGAAAAACUUUGUACCCGAAACAACCAAAUGCCGAAAAAACAGAUCACGACCGUCCAUCAACAUCUGGUUCAGCCACUGGAGCAAGUUCUGUAGACGAACAUCACGUCGACCACGAGGUAUCAAACAGCGAAGAAGACGAAGACGAACAAGGACCAGAAGAAACACAACAACAUUCUGAACCACAACGUUUAGUACCAUAUUCUGAUAGUGACAAAGGUAUGAGUUCGCCAAUGCAGGUAGAUUCAGGUAAACGUCAGGCUGCAGCAGGUCAUUCUGGUGGAUCUAAGAAAAAAAAAAACCUUAACAGGUACUGCAGCACCAUCUGCUAACGUACUGGGUGGUUCUCCUAAUACUCGUGUUGAUCCGUUACCUGCUCCUUCUAUAUUAGAUACUGGUAAUAUUACAAGAUAUCGCAAAGUACAUAGAAUUUUCACAUAUGGUUUAGCAUAUACAGUGAUUGAACAUGAAAAGGUAGUAUGCAUGGUUACUCCUUUGGCAGAAAUUCCCAUUGAUAGGCCAUUUUUGUAUAUGACACCUUCUGAAUUUGAUUUAUUGCCUGAUGGUAGUAGAAUUGUUCAUUGUUCUGUAAAAGUAAUUGCACGAAAUCCUAGAAUUGCUUUUCCCACUAAUUCAAGUGACACAGAACUUGCAACAUUAAAUCAAAAUAAGAAUAUGAUUACAAGUGAAGGGAUUAAUUUGAAAAUACCGGGUAUUAAUGUAAAACCUACAGCAUUUGCAGCAAAUGCACCUAUGGAAACAACUGCCAUAGAUCAUAAACGAAAGUUUGAUUCCAUUUGGAAGUCAUGGUAUGGUUAUAGAAAUGAUGAAGCAGAGUUUCUUACUAAAGUGCCUGCACAUCAAUUUGGACAACCCAUUAAUUUGAAAUAUUAUUGUGAGUGUGUUUCUAGCUCAAAAGAUAAGGGUUUACAUAAUUGGGGUUGGAAAUGUGUACAGUCUUGUGUUUCGGAAGUAGAUGCAGAUGUACGAACAGGAAGUGUUAUUGUUGACUAUGCUUACACACCAACAUUAGGUUUUUCUCAAAAUUCCAAAAGUAGCCAAUGUUGAUAUUUUUCCUAUUACAAGUACUGCUCAAAAUGUAAUUCAAAGGUAUAAUAUUAAUGCUGAUAAGCACUGUAAACCUUUUAUGUCAUGUGAUAGUUUUUCUUUAACCCCUUUUGAACCAGCAAGAAUGGAAGAACAAUUAGUAGGAGCUGUUACUCCAGUCACAAAUGCAGAAGCAUCUGGAUAUAAUAAUUUAAUAGAAAAAGCUGAUAUUGCUUCUGCCGGGUAUAAUAUUAGACUUCAUGAUACAAAUGUUCAACCGAGCCUUCAUGUAGGCAUUAAUCCUACAUAUGCUUUAAGUACAAGCAGUUUAAAUAGUGAUGUUACAAAAUAUACUGAUACUCAAAUGUUAUUUGAAGUUAUUGCAGAAUGUUCAGUGUAUGCAGAUGGUCUAGAGACACAUUACCCUAGAGCAACUGUAUCAAAUGUUCAAGUAUCAGAUAUGAUUUAUAUGUCUAAUGUAAAAAGGAAUGAGGAAUCAUCUGUU